UUAAAGUCAAACGCACGUCUCUUUUGAAGAACAGGAGAAGAAACAGGCAGAACAAAACCAACACAAUCUAAUCUUAAUCUACUCUACCCAACAAGCCAAGAACUUCAGGUUCCAUGUUGUUGUUGGACACAUAAAACUGUAACUCAGAACCAAUCAACACAACCCAUUUCCUGUUCUUUCUUCUGUUCAUCCCACCCACACAUUUCAAUGGAAAACCCAACACCAUCACCCUCAGAUUCUCUCACUUCUACCCUUUGCAACUCAAUCCAAGCUCUGGGCCGUGGCUUUGAUGUCACAUCUGAUUUCCGCCUUCUAUACUGCAAAGGGGCACCUGGCUCCAGACUCGUCUAUCUUGAUGAGGAACAUGCCACCGAUCUUGUUCUUUCUCGUACUCUCGUUCUUCCAAAUGUCUCUUCUGACAUUUGUUGCUCCCCGGGACAGAGUUCUAUGGAGAAGAUCCCUGUCUGCUCCUUCCAUGAGGUUAGCUGUAGUUUGGACUGUCAUAAAACAUUUUUGGGUGGGAAGAAUCACUUUACAAAUAUGGCAAAAUGUUUCAAUGAGAAGUCAGGCCUGGCAGAAAAAUUUCCUCUUGGAAGCUUCAAUUCAAUGUUCAAUUUUACUGGCUCCUGCAUUGUGGAUGCAACAGCCACAAAAUCUCUUGCCAUGGUUGGGUAUUUCAUUCGGCUGUUUGAAGUUAAACUCACCAAUCCAAAUUUAGUCUUAAAUGAUGAAAUUAAGCGUUCUGUUCCUCAUUCUUGGGAUCCAACAUCCUUGGCGAGUUUUAUUGAGAAUUAUGGUACCCAUAUUGUUACAUCAGCAACAAUAGGUGGCAGGGAUGUCAUAUACGUCAGGCAGCACCAAUCAUCUAGUUUAUCUGCAUCAGACAUUGAGAAUUAUGUAAAGGACAUUGGAGAUGAUAGGUUUCAUGAUGGAAAGAAUAUAUCUGGUCCUGGUCCUUUAAAAUACAAGGAGAAGGAUGUUACUGUCAUUUUUAGGAGGAGAGGUGGGAAUGAUCUUGAGCAAAAUCACUCUAAAUGGGUGGAGACUGUAAAACUGGCACCAGAUAUCAUUAACAUGACAUUUACUCCCAUUGUUUCUCUUCUUGAAGGAGUACCUGGGGUUAACCAUUUGACACGUGCCAUUGAUUUAUAUCUUGAAUACAAACCACCCAUCGAAGAUCUACAGUAUUUCUUGGAUUUCCAAAUAGCUCGAGUUUGGGCGCCUGAGCAGAGUAAUCUACAAAGAAAGGAACCUGUCUGUCCAUCCCUCCAGUUCAGUUUGAUGGGACCAAAACUUUUUGUCAGUUCAGAUCAGGUAACAGUUGGACGCAAGCCUGUGACUGGACUGAGACUUGGUCUAGAAGGCAACAAACAAAAUCGACUAGCAAUUCAUCUGCAACAUUUUGUCUCCCUCCCAAAAAAUCUUCUACCUCACUGGGAUACCCACGUGGCCAUAGGUGCUCCCAAGUGGCAAGGUCCCGAAGAACAAGACAGCCGUUGGUUCGAACCGAUCAAAUGGAAGAACUUCUCCCAUGUAAGUACUGCACCAAUUGAGUAUACUGAAACUAGUAUAGGGGAUCUCUCUGGUGUUCACAUUGUCACUGGAGCUCAGCUUGGUGUGUGGGACUUUGGAGCCAAAAAUGUGUUACACCUCAAACUCCUCUUCUCCAAAGUACCAGGUUGUACAAUAAGACGGUCUGUUUGGGACCAUAACCCCUCCACUCCUUCUGCUGCACAGAGACCCGAUUCUUCAUCAUCGUUGACAAAGAAAGGUUCUGAUGACAAAAAGGAGGAUACUUCAACUCACAUAGGAAAACUGGCAAAAAUUGUGGACACGACAGAAAUGUUUAAAGGGCCUCAAGAUAUUCCUGGCCAUUGGUUAGUCACAGGGGCUAAGCUUGGAGUGGAGAAAGGGAAAAUUGUACUGAGGAUAAAGUACUCUUUACUUAACUACUGAUUGGUUUUUUCUUCUUUUAUUGUUUUGUUGUUUUCCCCUCCUUUUCAGCAGAAACUGUAGUCUAGCAUUCUUUUGCACAGAAAAUCUUUUGAAUUGCUUUUCUUAAGUAGAUUUAUUUAUCACUCAGCAGCUUAGUUGAUAUACUUUGAAUUCAAUUUUGUUUAUUUAUUGUACAUAGUGAUAUUGUUGACAGAUGUUGACAUUUUCUUAUAUAUUAUACCUUUUCCGCCUGA